UGGCGGCCAAAAGUCAUCAAAAACUUCCAUAUACGUUUUAAAUUCAUAUUUCAGGGACAUUUUGUCAUUAUUUUUAUGUCUAUUUGUGGACGUAUCAUGGGAAUAAUAUUUGAUAAGCGGAAUUUGUUGAAGUGUUUGUAAACGAGAUGUAAAAUACUAUUUAUGAACCUUUGAAUGAUGAACGGAUUAAGCUCAUUUUGCAUUAGUUUUUAGGUAUCUAUAUAUAUUAAACAGUUAACAUGGCUUCGAAAACUAAUCGGGCAAGAAAAACGGCACUGACAAAAGAUCGUGACAAGUCGUCAUUCAGUAUUUUUGUAAGACUUUUUACAAAUGAAAAGUUUCCUUUAAAAAAUAUAACAAAUGACAUGAAGGUACGAGACUUAAAGAUGUAUAUGGAAUUUGCAACUGGAGUUCCUGUUCACAUGCAGAGAAUUAGCUACUUAGAUGAAGGUGAGCUUCUUGACCACACAGACAUCAGAAGCAAUGACAUUGUCGCAGGUGCUACAUUAAAUAUGACUGUAUGGCAAAUGUGGAAAGACCUAAUAGAGGCUUGUUCAACAAAUGAUAUGGAUUGGGUUUUCCGACUUGGUGUGACCCAGCCAACAAGCUACCACACCCCAGGAAGUGAUUAUAUGACAAAACGUGCCAGGAAAGCUUGGCUUCAGGAAAGGGCAUUUCUGGCACUCUAUGUGGCCUCACACAGAGGACAUGAGAAUCUGGUUAGGAAACUUAUUGAGUCAGGCGCAGAUGUGAACGCCAGCACUCCACUAGGAAGGACAGCUUUACAUGUGGCUGCCUCCCAGGGCCAUGGACAUAUUGUAGACUUACUUCUAGAACAUGGUGCUGAUAUUGAUGCUGAGGAUGACAGAGGACAAACAGCUUUAACCAUAGCUGCAAGCUUUGGCCACAAAACCUGCGAACGUCACUUGUUCCUCUUCCGAUGGCAACAGAGGGCAAAGAGAACCAAACCAAGCAAGGAGCCAGCCAGAAUGGCUCAUCAGUAUUAUGACUCUGCUUUGCCUGUUUGGAAGAAGGGAGGCAAGUGCCAGCUGUACUUCAUGAACAUUUUGCCUCCUGGGGAGUAUGAAGGAACAAGGUUUGGGUCACCAAAGAGGAUGAAAGAUCUCACUGCAGAGGAACUGGAAGAGCUUGAGGCAAUAGGAACAGAUGGGAAAUUGCCAGCUAUACGUGAAGGAAAGAAACAGAGGGCUAAGAGUGUAAGAUUUGAUGAUGACACAGAAGGAAAAAAUGGCCCAGCCCGACUUGGCAAGAGAGGAGGUCUCUCAUAUGACGAGUGGUUGGGGCGGAAACUUUCCUUUGAACAGAAGAUCAUAGAUGAGAAGAGAGGGGUGCAGGAACGCAAAAAAUUUGAAGAGGAUGAAAGAAAAUCACAAGAAGACGGUGAAAGCAGAAAACGUCAAGAAGCAGAGAAAAGUGAAUCGUACGAGACCUGGCUGGCAAACAAAGAGACGGAGAAGAGGGUAGUCCCAGCAGGCCCUGUCACUGCACCGAUUCAGGGCCCGCCAGCUACAACAUCCAUCCCUCGCCAACCCGAGAUGGACACGUCAGAUAGGUCACAAGAAAUGAGCCGCGCUGACGGCUACCUGCGUACUUACCUUAAAUCUCUCGAUGAACGAAAGAGAGGGAACAGCUACUUUUCUUAUGAGAACUGGUUGGAUGAGAAAGAAGAAACAAUUCUUGGCCUUAGACGACAGAAAACAACUUUUGCUAAUUGAUACCUUUGCUACUUGAUGUGUUCUUUAAUAUUUUUUUAAAUUAUUUUUCAACAAGAAUGCUGUCAGUGAGCACAAAGCGCCCUUCGUUCAAUAUAAUGUAUUGUUAUCAGUUAAUGUUUUGCUUAAGAUUUAGCCUCAAGAUGAAUUCUACUUUUUAAGUUAAUAUAUUUCUAUCGUUAAAAAGAUUUUAGAAGCCCUUUUUACAUGGUAUGUUCUUCACUGGCAGUUUAAUUAAAUGACGGCUGCGAAAAUGGCUUCGAUUUUUUUCUGAGUAUUAUUUUACUUUUUAUUUCGAGUUAAAUGGCAUUAUCAUUGCUUUGGAAGCAUUAUUUGGUAAUAACUAGAGGUAUGUUUUACAGAGCAAACACUUUGUUUGACAGCCACUUCCGUUCUGAUUCUUUGUUUUGUCUUUUUUAUAGUGGACAUUAUCUGGACACUUUGUUACAUUACGUGUUAUGGUCUUGUUAUUUGUAUUAGUUUUAGUAGGUCUUGGUCUUUAAAGUAAUGGCAAAAUGUUAGUUUGUCAUUACACAGUCGCGUUACCAUUUCAUACUACUUUAUAAUGUGUUUUAACCUACCCAUUCACUGGGCCAGUCUGUGUUUAUGUCUACCGCUUCACCGUAUUAAGACCAAUUGCGGCCGAAUGCUGAAUUACUGAAAUAAAUGCACUGAAAUACUUCCUUCUAUUUUGAAAAGAAAAUAUGUUGACUAUUAACUGCAAUAUGAUGUUAGAAAUGUGCCUUGUGAAAGUUUUAUCAUUUUUAGUUAAAUAUGCAAUUCGUGUUUUGUUGUACAUACAUUGUAUUUUAUAUACCUGUUUUUAUUAUUUAUGAAAAAUAUACAAUAAGUCUAGCUGCCUGUGAUAUUAAGACUUGUUUUGAUAUAUUUCUUCAUUCAUUGUUUAUUUAAGAACCAUACAAUAUAUUUACUGUGUUUUUAUGCCCCCUUUUGAAAAAAGUGGGGUAUAUUGUUUUGCACAUGUCGGUCGGUCUGUCUGUCUGUCUGUCUGUCUGUCUGUCUGUCUGUCGGUCGGUCGGAAUACCAAAUGGUUUCCGAUCAAUAACUUGAGAACGCUUUGACCGAGGGACCUCAUACUUGGUAUGUGUAUUGGUCAUCACCAGCAGAUGAACCCUAUUGAUUUUGAGGUCAGUGGGUCAAAGGUCAAGGUCAGUGUGACCUUUACAUGAAAAACGGUUUCCGAUCAAUAACUUGAGAACGCUUUGACCCAGGGACCUCAUACUUGGUAGGUGUAUUGGUCAUGACCAGCAGAUGAACCCUAUUGAUUUUGAGGUCAGUGGGUCAAAGGUCAAGGUCAGUGUGACCUUAACAUGAAAAACGGUUUCCGAUCAAUAACUUGAGAACGCUUUGACCGAGGGACCUCAUACUUGGUAUGUGUAUUGGUCAUCACCAGCAGAUGAACCCUAUUGAUUUUGAGGUCAGUGGGUCAAAGGUCAAGGUCAGUGUGACCUUUACAUGAAAAACGGUUUCCGAUCAAUAACUUGAGAACGCUUUGA